AUGUCCAAUUUAAUACCGAUAGAUCAAGCAAAGGCCAUCGAUUUUGCUUUUGAUACAACGUUUCGAAAAACUCGUUUGAUAUCUAAUUUGGAUUUAUUCAAUUCCGCUUUAGAUAACUUAUUCAAAAAACCAUUAGAAUCUGUGAGCCUUCCCGAUUUAGAUGUGUCUGAAACCCAAGUAAUAAUAGUUCGAAACCGACCUUUUGGUAUUCGCGAUCGUCAUUCUCAUUCUAUAAACCUCGACCGAAUGAGGGCUAAUAGCUGGACGCAUAUAAAACAUUCAACUCCUACACUUCAAGGGCGAGUAUUUUUGAGAAGAAACUUGCGACGCGUACAGAACAGUUUGUAG